AUGGAGGGCUCUCGCGCCUUGCUUGAGAGCCUUUGGGCUGCAGUGGUAGACCACGCGUUUGACAGGGACUAUUCAGUUUUGAAUGGCAAAGAAAGAGCCUUCAUACUAAAUUUUUCCCUCAACUUUUGUCCUCCGGAGAAAAGGGGAGGCCUCUGCUUUCACCCGGUUGACGCGCAGACAAGGCACUUAGUCAAGCACAUUUCCUAUGAAGCGUUCUUGCAGUUAGAAGGAAGAAAACUUCUUCAGAACCCCUACAGAAAGGAAAUUCUAAAGACUCCUCUGCUUCUCCCUGGCCCUGGACACCCGAACUCGUACCCGGAUGUGGAAGGCUAUGCGCUCGUGGACACUUUCCCCAAGCUUUCUGCUAUGGUACAGGAAGCAGCCUCUUCAAAAACGCGUUUGAAGGCUCAAUCAAUUUCAGAUGAUGCAUUCGGUUUGUUGUUAGGUCAAUACUCCGCGGUGGCGAUGGAUGUGGAGCACCACAACGUUUACUCUUUCAGGGGUUUCACGUGCCUUGUUCAGCUCAGCACUCCUUGCCACAAUUACGUCAUAGACCCCCUAAAUAUGUUUUCACAAAUGCACAUUCUAAAUCGAAUCACUGUAAAUGCUAACAUCAUCAAGGUCAUUCACAACGCGGAAAUGGACGUCAUCUGGCUCCAGAGGGACUUUGGAGUGCAUAUUGUGAAUGCAUUUGACACUGGCAAAGCUGCAAAGGCUUUGAGACUUCCUGGAGGCCACUCCCUGAGAAAUGUUCUACACAAAAUUUACGGGGUUUCCAAAAAUGUUGAAUUAAGCUCCACUGACUGGAGUAAACGCACUAGUGUCAUUGAGAUGAUGCAGCUCCAGACACAAUAUUUAUGGGGGCACAUAAGCGUGUCUCCAGCUAUUGAUAAUGCGGUUUUUCAUUCAGGCCUCUAA